AUGUCGUCACCGCAAUCGGCAACAACGCCGCAGGGCGGCGAGACGGCCGGCGCAGCGACUGGCUCGGGGGUGGAGGAGAAACCGCGCCUGACGGAGCGCGAGAAGAAACAGAACCACAUUGCGUCGGAACAAAAACGACGCCAGGCCAUCCGCGAAGGCUUCGACCGGUUGACCGAGCUCGUCCCCGGCCUCGAAGGCCAAGGCCGCUCCGAAGGUCUUGUGCUGCAGCGCACGGUCGAGUUUAUGAAUGCGGAGCUCGAAAAACGGAGACAACUCAUCCGCGACAUUGAGAGCCGCGGCGGCACGGUCGAUGAAAAAGACCGGCUGUAG